UUCUCUCAAACAAUCAAACACCUUUCCUUAACAAACCUUUUCGUUUGUGAGACACUAAACUCAUACGCGAUGGGUUCGUGUGGAACUUUCUCAGUUAAUGUGAAGAAGAGAGACAUCAUCGCAGCCGCGAUGCCAAUCCAGGACCACUGGCUUCCUAUGUCCAACCUAGACUUACUCCUUCCGCCAGUGGAUGUAGGAGUUUUCUUCUGCUACAAGAACUCUCUUCCACUCGAUGAGAGUGUGAACAUAGUCAGGAAAUCACUUGCAGAAGCCCUGGUGCCGUUCUACCCGCUUGCAGGCGAAAUUGUCCAAAACAACCUUGCUGAACCUGAGUUGCUUUGUAAUAACCGUGGUGUGGAUUUUAUUCAUGCACAUGCAGAUGUGGAGCUUAAGAACAUUAAUCUUUACAACCCUAAUGAGUCUGUAGACAAAAAGCUUGUUCCACUCAAUAAACAAGGUGUCCUUACGGUUCAGGUCACUGAGCUAAUGUGUGGAGGUUUGGUAAUUGGAUGCGCAUUUGAUCAUAGAGUAGUCGAUGCAUACUCGAUAAAUAUGUUCUUGACCGCAUGGGCUGAAAUUUCGCAUUCAAAACCAAUUUCUAGUCUUCCAUCUUUCAGGCGUUCUAUGCUUAACCCUAGACGCCCACCGGUUAUAAACCCCUUCUACAACAAGCAAUUCUUUCCUUUAUCAUCUCUCCCUCCACCCCAGACUUCCGUAUUGACGAAUCCCCUUAUAAGCCGUAUAUACUACGUUGAAGCCAAAGAUAUAAGUUACCUUCAAAUGCAAUCAAGUUUUAAUGGAAACCAAAAACGAAGCAAGCUUGUAUCGUUUACUGCCUUUUUAUGGAAGAUAAUUGCAGAGUGUGAAGAUGGUUUCAAGACAUGCAAAAUGGGCGUUGUAGUUGAUGGGAGAAAAAGGUUUGACAAACUCUCUUUGUCAAAUACCAUGUCAUUGUCAAUGCAAAACUACUUUGGAAAUGUAAUUUGUAUACCUAACGGUGAAGCAAACUCAAGUGAGCUUAAGGAGAUGCCACUAGGACUAGUAGCUGAGAUGGUUAAUGAAUUUGUUUACCCUGCAAUGACUGAGGAACAUUUUCGAGAAAUCAUUGAUUUCGUUGAGUUGCAUCGACCUGAGCCUGUAGUUGGAAGGAUAUAUGCUAAAUUAGAUGAAAACGAUGGUGAAGCCGUCGUGGUAUCUUCGGGGCAGCGUUUCCCGGUCAAUAGUAUUGAUUUCGGAUGGGGAAAGCCACAAUUCGGGUCAUAUCAUUUUCCGUGGGGUGGACAAAUUGGAUUCGUAAUGCCAAUGCCAAGUGCUAGGAAUAACGGAGAUUGGAUUGUUUACAUGCUUCUUCUUCGAAAGCAUUUGGACUUGGUAGAGACCAAGGGAAUGAAUGUGUUUAAACCAUUAACUCCAUCAUACUUUAACCUCUAGUGGCCAUCCCCUACUAUUUCAAAAUACCAUUGUAAUUAAUAAUUAAAAUGUGUAUGUGACCUGAUCAAUCUUUUUAGUGAAACAAAAUAUGUGUAUAAUUAAAUAAAAACCUUUCCAUAACGAAAUACAUAUGUCAAAGGAUUGGGAUUGAUUAUCUAUCAGUUAUAAGAUAGGAUUUACUUGCA